AUGUGUAACGUACCUUCUCGUUUUGAAUAUUUACCCAAUGAACUUCUCAUUUCGCUGUUUCAAUAUUUCGAUGCUCGGGAUCUCUUUCAAGCAUUCUAUAAUCUCAAUUCUCGUUUAAAUCUUCUUCUCCAAUCACUUCAUUAUCUCUCUUUAACUCUUUUCAAAUACAAUUCCAAUGAAACUGCCCAUUACUACGACUUUACCUCGUAUAUUUACACAUUAGUUAUCGAUUAUGCUGUGAACAUCGACCUCAAUCAUUUCGCAAAUGUUCACCGGUUGAUUCUCUUGUCGCCAACAUCUAGUCAGUUGAAACAACUUGUUCACAGUCAUUUACCUUAUUUGGAACAUCUUUCGAUUGGAUACGAACACUUUCUCUUCUGCGAUUAUAUCCCAGAUUUGUGCGAGAAGAUCUUCUCCAAUGGUUUUCCACGUUUAAAAUCGUGCUCAUUAUUCGAACCGAGAAUUUUAGAAAUUCUCCCACACAUGGCACCAUCUAGUCAAAUAUACGUUCUGAAAAUAGAUAAUAUUGAUCUAUCGACGUACGAAUCUCUUCUUUCUCUGUGUCCUAAUCUAUCAACCUUCCAAUUCAAUAUCCUCGAUGAUUUCGAAGAAAUCUGUGCGAUAAAACCACAUUUGAAUUUGAAACGAAUGAUCAUUAAAUUCCAGAGCCAUGUUAAAACAUUGCCUGACUCGAUUAUGAACCAAUACUUAUCCUGUGUACCAAAUUUAGAACAAUUCUGUAUAUAUGAAAUCAAUUUUGAUGUUAAUAUUAGAGAAUAUUUGACGUUCAAUUGGUUUUCUUCGUUGAUUCAUCAGCAUUUAUCCCACUUGCGUCGAUUGAAAUAUCAUCUAUAUAUUUAUCGAACGAAAACUUACGAUGACAAUGUCAUUCAUCAGAUGAAAGUCAAAUUUGAACAUUUACACAAUCAUAAUUAUCUCUCUCGACUUAUUCUGAAUAUAGUUUAG